AUGCAGCGACUGUGUGCACAUGCGCUGAUCUUGGUGCUGGCUCUGGCCGCCUUCUGCGAAGCUUCUUGGAAACCCCACUCCCAGCUGCAAGACGCGCCCGUCGCUCCAGGGGCCAAUAGGGGCCAGGAGCCUCUCAGGAUGGACUGGCUGGGCCCAGCCUCGCACCCCCGCCGGCAGCUGGGGCUUCAGGAUCCGCCACACAUGGUCGCAGACCUGUCCAAGAAGCAGGGGCCGUGGGUGGAGGAAGAGGAAGCCGCAUAUGGAUGGAUGGACUUCGGCCGCCGCAGUGCUGAGGAAGGGGACCAACAUCCCUGA